AUGUUCCGACUCCUCCCCCACGGUCUUCCAAAAGACCCGGAAUACCCAACCGAUCUAAAGCAGCUCGGCUACUUCGUCAACGACGACGACGAGAUCCGCAGCAUCGAAAACCCAAAGUAUUACUUCAAAUACUUCAUCAACCGCACCGAGCGCUACAACGAGCGCCAGCGAGAGAGUAUGAAUACCGCAAUCCGCGAAAUCGUCUCCUCGCGCCUUGCCGCAGAGGGCAUGCAAACCCACCUCCUCCCCCUCGGAGUCGCAACCUCAGCCCCCCACAUCCCCAUCCUCGCCUCCACCCACACCUCCACCACCCCCCGCACCCUCCUCCUCCUCGGCGACUCAGUCCAAGACCUCGGCAUCCUGGCCCUGCGCAUCAUCGGCGGCCACGGCGGCAUCAACGCCGGCUCCUGCGUCGAUUUCGUCAAGUACGUGCACAACCAGGCGGGUCGCCCAGCUGUUAUCUUGGCGAACUGUGGGAAGUUGCGCUGGAAUAGACGACAGGGAAAGGCGAUGACGAGGGUGUCUUGGGAUUCCCAGACGAGAGAGUCGGCCGUGCAUGAUGCGCCGCUUUAUGAACCGGCUGUGAAUACGGUUGAGGGGAAUAGGGAUCAGAAGGCGCAUAUUUCGUACCUCCUAUCCACCGUCGUACCCGCGCUGUGCAAGGAGGGCGGGAAGUUGGACGUCAUCGCCAUCGCCGACAGCGCUAGGUAUGUUUGUGAAGUCCUUGAUGAGAAUUGGGAGCAGCUGGGCGGGAGAAUGCAAAGUCUAGCCUGCGUAUUUCCCUUCCACGACAGCAAGGUGAAUCAAGACUCCGGAUUCAAAACGUUCUUGCUAGAGCGAUCUCGUGGAUACAUCAUGUCUGAGUCCCCUCCGGGAAUGGGAGUAUUUGGCCCAGACGGCGGGAGAGAGGCAUGGCAGUGGGGGUAUGGGAUGAAUGUCUAUGGACUCCCUGUCGAGGUGGCGGAGGAGAGUGUGUUUCCGAGACAUUUUAAGGGGAUUGUGGAUUGGAUGACAGAGGUGGCGGGGGUGGAGGGGUAUGUGAAUGAGAUGGUUGUUGAGGUUGAUGUUGAGGGGGUUGAGGAGGUGGAGGGGGAGGGGUGGGGGGAGGAGUUGGUGGGGGCGGAGAUUUGGGAGACGGAGGCGGGGAGGAGGCAGUUGAGGGGGGAGGUUGAUGGAGUGAACGAGAGUGAGGUUGAAGCUCAGCAAGUGAAGGAUGAGGCUGAGAAGGAUACUCCGCAGCCUCAGGAAGAGAACACCAAAGAGGUCACAAUCCAGCCCGAGAACGCAGCCCCAGCCCAUACCGAGGGUAAGGUUGAUGCUCAGAAGCAAGCAAAGGAGAAGGCCGAGAAAGGCAUAAUUCCCCCCCAACCCUCAACCACCAACGACCGCACAGCCCAAACCCUCGCAGGCGCAACAGCCAAACUCCAUCUCCUCGGCUACGACGGCGCCUCAGACGAUCGACCCUCCUCAACCAGGACCUCCAACACCACCUCUUCUACAUCCGCCUCUAUCUCCAGCACCUCUAUCUCCAGCAACUCUAGCACUUCUACGGCGAUCCCACCGGAGCGCAUGGAGAGGCUGCCGAGCUAUGUGGAGACGGAUGAGGGGGAGCCGCAGGUGAAGCUGAGUAGGGAGGAGAGGGCGGCGAUUUUGCAGAUUACGGUGCUUUCUUCGCCGGUUAGGGGGAAGGAGGGUGGUAAGGGGGAGGGGGAGGGGAAGUGA